AUGGCAAAUGUUGUUAGUCCUAUAAUAAUAUUUCUUGCAAUCGUUAUUCCUCUGCAUUCACGCUUCUGUGUAGAUGAUAAGAAGGGAUUUUGCAAAGGACACGACAUAUGGGGAUGGUGUUUCCAUAACAAAACUUCCGGGAAGUUUGACUGUGAUGAAGCCAACUUCUGCGUCGGUCAGGAAACAUUGAAGAAUAAGAAGAAUAGUGGUUGCUUCGUUCGCGACAACAGCACUGUCUGUUGCUGUAACGAUGCGGAUGGAUGCAACUUAGGGUUCAUACCGGUGUCGCCGAAAUACGCCUCGGGACAAUCAUGUUACAACUCGGUAGAGGAGCCCAACGAAGAUGCUCGGUUAUUCAAACCAUGCGAUGAUCCAUGGUGUUUUGCCUUCUUGAGUGCAGAUGCGGAAGGUGGCUUAACAACAGUUCAGCGAGGUUGUCAUUCUCGAAAACUUGUAUUGCAUCACAUGUCAUUGGAAGAGGAUAAGAAACACCAUAACAACUCGCGUUGGAGAGAUACUGAGGCUCUGGCGUCACAACCAACAUGUGAAGAUAUAGCUAUGGAUGCUUCAACAGUAAACGGAACACAAUCCCUUUGUUUGGAUUUCCAAUUCGAUCAAGAUGGAACUCCACGUAAAGGUCGUCUCUGUUGUUGUCGGGGCUCUAGCAAGUGCAAUGAAAAGUUUUUGUGGGCCGACGCUGGCAUAACAAAGGAUGAGCUGAUUCAAAUUCAAGAAGAACGAGGGAAUGCGCUGGGGAAUGGCUGUCAGCAGAUAACUACACUAACAAUCUCUACGCUCAUUAGUUCUUUUGCCGUCCUAUUAUCACUUUUGUAG